AUGGUGGACCGUGUUCUCACGGAAGGUAUACCAGCAAAGGAUAGCGAUGCCAAUCAUGUCAUACGACUCGAUGACUUAGCAUAUUAUAAAGAACGUCUAGCGCAAGAGGCCCUCCGUUUCCCAUAUAAGAAAGAUUUCGUUGAUUUUUUCCUCGCAAUCGUACCAGUUUUCAUGGUCUUCAAUCAAUACGUUUUUCAUUCCUUCAUUUGCCUCGACAUUUACAUGAUGGAGCAUACGAGAAGUCUGAACAGCUUCAUUAACAUUGAGGACGGCAUAAUGCUUCUCUUCUUGGGGUCAUACGUUGGAAAAUUCAGCAACCUCCCGUUUAUUGGAAAAUUAGAGAUUGGAGGUUCUCUCCUCGCAUUGACAUUCGCGAAAGUUGCACUUGCUUGGGGAAUUUUUAGCAAUUCGGAUAUGCAAAAGAGGGUAUUCUUUAUUGCUUGCGGAGGAUUAGAGGGAGUUCUGAAUACAAAUCUAAAUGCCACUAGAGUUUUCGAAUUUGUUCACCAAGAUUACAAAGGUCUAGUAAUGGAAGUACUGACGAUGGCGUUGGGCCACCUGACAAGCAUAUUAUUUAUAACGCAUGAUGGAGUUGCAAUGUUGAGAACCAUCAUCGACAAUGUGGAAUUUGGUUUGUUUUUGACUCAGGCCAUUAUCAUAAUAUGGUAUAUCGUAAUCAAUAAAUUCCGAUAUUUACAUUUGAAAGAGAAUUAUCGCCUGAUGAAAAUUCACCAUGAGAAAACACUUGAAAAUCACACCAAAUAUUUGGAUAAAAAGAAAUAUUUCCUCAUUAUUUAUUUAUUCGAAAAAAGAUUGCCCUUUAUUCAACAAAUUCGAGAUGUUCAAAUCGGUUGUGUUGGCUCUCCUUUAUCCAGUUGGUUUAUGAUGUUUGCAUAUUUGACUGUAGAUUUGGACGGGUAUUUUGUGAUCUCUCGUUGUGCCUACCACGUGUCUACUUUUACUAUUCUUUAUUCAUUUAUUAUGACAACUAGUUAUGCAUCAAAUGUCUACAUUGCUUUGCCAUCUGAAGAUCGGAAGAAAUCGAAAUUAUUUUUUGGAUUACUUCACGUUAUCCUCGGAGGAAUAAUUGGAUAUUUAUCGACAAGGAUUACUUUCAACAUCACAAUCUGUCUGUUUCUUGUCUUUCUCUCCUACAUGUUCUCAAUUAAUUCAUACAAUUAUUUAUCUGUGAAUUCAUUUUUAUUAUGUGAACUUCGAUGGUACAAAUGGGAUUUCGAAGAAUCAAGAGGCAUCAUUUGCCACGUCAUCAGAAGACGACGUCAUCUCUCGAAUCCCUCGGAAAUUCUGAAUUCAACGAUUUCUUUGUCUUCUCAAAAAGGAUAUUUCCAAUAUGAAGAUGAUAUUCAGUUGGAUCAGAAAUAUUAUAACGAAUAUUAUAUGCUUCGUUGA